UAGUUACGGCGCGGUGCAGUCGGCGGCCAUCUUGGCGGUGGAGCCAUGAACGGGUCGAACCCGAAGGCUGUGGCCGCGGGGUCGGCGCCUGGGCCCGGGGGGCUGGUGACUGGCAAGGAGGAGAAGAAGAAGGCGGGCGGCGGCGUUCUGAACCGGCUUAAGGCGCGGCGGCAAGCACCCCAUCACGCGGCCGACGACGGCAGCGGGGCAGCGGUCACCGAGCAAGAGCUCCUGGCUCUGGACGCCAUCCGGCCCGAGCACGUCCUGCGCCUCAGCCGGGUCACCGAGAAUUAUUUGUGUAAACCUGAAGACAACGUCUACAGUAUUGACUUCACCCGCUUCAAAAUUCGAGAUUUGGAGACAGGGACAGUGCUUUUUGAGAUUGCCAAACCCUGCGUUUCAGACCACGAGGAGGAGGAGGAGGAGGGUGGAGACGUGGAUAUCAGUGCCGGGCGUUUCGUCCGCUAUCAAUUCACACCAGCAUUUCUCCGCCUCCGGACAGUUGGGGCUACGGUGGAGUUCACAGUGGGAGAUAAACCUGUGUCAAACUUCCGGAUGAUCGAACGGCACUAUUUCCGGGAACGCUUGCUGAAAAACUUUGACUUUGAUUUCGGCUUCUGCAUCCCCAGCAGUAGGAACACUUGUGAACAUAUCUAUGAGUUUCCCCAGCUUUCUGAGGAUGUCAUUCGUCUGAUGAUUGAACAUCCUUAUGAGACCCGCUCUGACAGCUUCUACUUCGUUGACAACAAGCUGAUAAUGCACAACAAGGCUGAUUAUGCUUAUAAUGGAGGCCAGUAACUGCUGCAGGAGUGCACAGGGGAGGCGCUUUGCUGCAGCCAUGAGGUCCUGGCACACAGAGGUGCUUGAAGCUGCUGUUUUCAACACACGUGUGGAACCUGGCCCCAGGAAGUCAAGGCUGGGGCAGGGGGCAGGUUCCUGUGCUCCAAGGGAAGUGCCACGCAGUGCUGUGUUUUCUUCCCCAGCAUUUUUUCUCCCUCCUUUCCCCCUGCCCCUUAGGUCUCAGAGGUACUGUAGUAAAGUUAAAGAUUAGGAUAAGGCUCCUGGAAUCCAGAUAACAAGGAAAGCGUAUUUUCCCAUAGUUAUAGCUGGCUGCUGGUUGCACUGAUGAGCUUCCAUCUCUCUGGGCAUAGCUGUGCUCAGGUGAGACGGCCCCAGCCGGGCCGCUUGCAGGUUAGCAGCCCUUCUCUCAGCUGCUAGGUGCAGUGGGAGGCUCUUUCCAGGCAACUCCUCCUCUUGCUUCUGGAGCCACCAUCCGCACAGCCUGUCCUCAGCCUGUGCCUAGUCCUCACCAACUGGAACAAGCUGGAAGAGGGGCUGCUGCCAAGAGGUGGAGGUUUGAUUCCGGGGAUGGGCAGUGCCGCCAAACUGAAAGAUGCAUUUUUGGGGGUGCCCUGCUCACCUGUGUGACUUCCAUGGUCCACUUCCAGGGUCCGCAGCUGGUGUCUCUGGGGUAGACCGAGGUUUCAGCCUGGCAGUGCCUUCCUCUUCUCAUUCGGGAGGAAACGUGAGUUCGCUCUGCUUCACCCGGCUCCUGACUUUGGAGUCGCUCCUCAAACCGAAUGUGUCCGUUUUGUUCAUGGAACAGUAGUAUCUUCCAAGGCCAGAGCAG